AUGGAUAGGAAUGUUUAUGAAGCUUGCAGCAACAUAAUAAAGGAAUUUGGAACACAUGUGGUGAGCGCCGAUGAAGUGCUUGCAGAAAAGAUAGAUAAUGCUGUCCCUAUACCGUUCAAAACAAGGGAAGAUCUAGAUGCUGAUGCAGAGAAGGACAGAAAUGAGGGUGUGUUCGAAGGCAAUAUCAUUCCCGAUAUUGAUUUACGUGUGGUCCACUACUAUGCGACCCAAUUGUGUCUGAGUAGGUAUCCCCAUUUAAUCAACGCAUUUGAUGAGACAAGCCUUGUUACAUUGGGCUUGCUUGUUGAAAAAUGGGUGAAAGACUAUUUGACUAGCACCAAUACAGCAGACGCUAACCAAAAUAAAAUAAUCGGAAAGGGACCAUGCGCAUUUGUAUCGAAACAUAUCGAUUAUAGACACGCUCCAGGCAACAUUUGA